UUGUGGAGGCAUUUAAUGUGCAACAAUGUCAGAGUAGCGCUGACCUGUAACACGGCAUAUUGAAGCCAAACAUAUAUAUUUUAUAUGUUGACAACACACACAACGUGUUCCCCAUAUCCAUGUUGCCAUUUCUCUUGUAUGAUACAAGCAUUUUGUUUCCUUUCCCUUCUUUCUGCUUACAGCAACAAAUCACAUCCAGCAAGGGUCCCCUUUUCCACGGGUGAGUGGUACAUCGUGCAUGAGAUUUACAAUGGUGACAAUGCACAGGACCAGUUUGAGUAUGAACUGGAGCAAGCACUUGAAGCUCAGUACAAAUAUAUAGUAAUUGAACCAACCCGUAUUGGAGACGAAACUGCACGCUGGAUUACCGUGGGAAACUGCCUGCACAAGACAGCAGUACUUUCCGGUACAAUCUGCCUUCUCACCCCUUUAAUUUUGCCUUCAGAGUAUUCACCCUACUUGUCUCUGCCAGCUGGUAUAAUUAGCUUGGCUUGCUCUACUCUUUAUGGAAUCUCCUGGCAGUUUGAUCCCUGCUGUAAAUACCAGGUGGAGUACGACGCCUAUAAAUUAUCAAGACUGCCACUACACACUCUUACCUCCUCCACGCCAGUGGUGCUUGUAAGAAAGGACGACGUCCAUAGAAAGAGACUACAUAACACAAUAGCUCUUGCUGCGCUGGCAUACUGUGUUAAGAAGCUGUACGAGAUUUACCUUGUAUGAUUUCCACAGAAUGCAACAGUAACACAUUUUUUGUGAAGUUUGAUAGAUAUUAAAGAAUUUCUUCAAAGGAAAAAAUAUUUUCGUGCAACUGCACUGAUUAUUUCAGCGCUACAGUAUAUACUAGGAUGAUGAGGACCUGCUGUCAAGUCGGUAUACCCAAGUUAUAACACAACAUGGAAUAUCUUUACAAGGGGGAUUUGAGGGAGUUGUUUUUUUGCUUUAUUUUUUAACAUAGACACUUAAGUAUUUGUUGUACCAUACUUAACCAGCCAGAAGGUCAUGUGACUAUUAAAAUAAACAAUUGGCUUUACUUGCUUCCCUACUGUGGACUUAGAAAAUUAAAAUGGAAAAUAAUCAUGAAAAAAA